AAUGCAAACAAAUCCAUCGUUGUUGCCGUCAUUAACUUGAAGAAUGCACGUUACAAUGUGUAACUUCUAAAUUAACAUAUGAAAUAUUCAAUCUCUAUUAUUUCCAAUACUAAAAAAAAUACCCUAAGCUAUAUAUCCUUAUAUAUGUUGCAUCUUAUAUCAAUAGUUUCCUCACACACUCUCUCUCUCUCUCAUUCGAUUUCUCUCAUAUGCUUUGAGUUUCUAACUAAUUAACCAUCGAAAUGGGAUUUAAAAUUAACAUCAAAGAAUUUGUUUUGUCUAUUUUGAUCUUCCUCAUAAUCCCAACUCUAAUAGCCGCAGAAUGUACGUGCGAUGAAGAAGAUGAAGAUAGAGACAAAAGCAAAGCCCUACGUUACAAAAUAGCGGCUUUAGUAUCGAUACUAGUUGCAAGUGCAAUUGGUGUUUGCAUUCCACUUCUUGGAAAAGUGAUACCCGCCUUAAGCCCCGAAAAAGAUAUAUUUUUUGUCAUCAAAGCCUUUGCUGCCGGUGUGAUAUUGUCCACCGGUUUCAUUCAUGUUCUUCCUGAUGCUUUUGAGAAUCUUACUUCUCCUUGUUUAAAUGAACAUCCUUGGGGUGAUUUUCCGUUCACCGGUUUUGUAGCUAUGUGCACUGCUAUGGGGACUCUUAUGGUGGAUACUUAUGCUACUGCUUAUUUUCAGAACCAUUAUACUAAAAAAGCACCAACACAAGUUGAGAGUCAUGAUCAUGAGGCAACCUCAGAUGUGGAGCAUGAAGGACAUGUGCAUGUUCAUACUCAUGCAUCACAUGGUCAUGCACAUGGUCCUGUUUCUUCGCAUCCAUCAUCAGAACUUCUUCGUCAUAGAGUUAUAUCACAGGUAUUGGAGUUGGGAAUUAUUGUUCACUCAGUUAUAAUAGGAAUUUCUGUGGGUGCUUCAGAGAGUCCUAAAACAAUAAGACCACUUGUAGCUGCGUUGACUUUUCAUCAGUUUUUUGAAGGCAUGGGACUUGGAAGUUGUAUAACCCAGGCUAAUUUCAAGAGUCUAUCAAUUACAAUCAUGGGAUUGUUCUUUGCUUUGACAACUCCGGUAGGAAUUGGAAUUGGUUUAGGGAUCAGCAGUGUUUAUGAUGAGAAUAGUCCAACCGCUCUUAUUGUUGAAGGAGUCUUCAAUGCAGCUUCAGCUGGAAUAUUAAUCUAUAUGGCACUUGUUGAUCUUCUUGCAGCUGAUUUUAUGAAUCCAAGAAUGCAAAAGAGUGGUAGGCUUAGAUUAGGAUGCAAUCUAUCUCUUUUACUAGGUGCUGGUUGUAUGUCUCUUUUGGCCAAAUGGGCUUAGGUGUUUGUGUAUAUAUAUUUUUUAGUUUUGAUUUCUCAUUUCCUUCCAAA